AACAGAGCUGCACAAACCCAGCAGAGCUCGUACAAACAGCGGCAACGACACCAACGUGGCAACACGCGCAGUCUGCCGGCACCACCCGAUGGCGGCGAGGCUUCUCUUCCCCCUCCUGCUCCUCGCCCUGGCCGGCUCCCUCGCGGCGCUCGCCUCCGCGACCGUGGAGGAGACCUGCGCGAGGGCGACGUCGGGCGGGCGCCACGAGGACCUGGCUCCCUUCUGCGUGUCCUCCCUCCAGGCGGCGCCGGGCAGCGACGGCGCCGACCCACGCACGCUGGCGGUGAUCGCCACCAACCUGACGCUGGCCAACUACACGGCCGCCGUGGCCACGGUCAAGGCGCUGCAGCGGCGCGGCGGGUGGUCGGCGCCCGAGCGGGACGCGCUGGCGACGUGCCGGGCGCGGUACGUCGAGGCGCUCAACGUCGUGCACAGCGCCGUCCACGCGCUGGCCGCCGCGAGGGCCCAGGACUACGCGGCGGACAUGCGCGUCGUCCGGAGCGCCGCCACCGACUGCGAGGACGCGUUCCGGGCCAGCGGCGGCGACGGCGGCGAGUCGCCGAUGCGGAAGGUGGACGAGGACGCCGUGAACCUCACCACCGUGGCGAUGCUGAUCGUCCAAUCGUUGGGAUAAGGACGGGAGAUGUUGCCUAGUGGAAUUAGAUGGACAAGAAAUAAUCAAGCUGUGAUCUUGCGUUCUUGCGGUUAAUAAAAAGUGCGCUGAAUGAGAUAUUCGUAGCUGCUCAUGAAUCCUAAUGGAUUUUUUGGUCA